CAAGCACAAUAACAAACAUGAGCGACAAGCAGAAGCGGCAAGUGGUAAAGCUCCACAAGUCAUUUCUGGAAGAGAUCGAAGCGUGCAAGGUCCUGGAACGCCAGGGGCAGCAAGGAUUCUCAUCUCUCGUGAAUAUUGCGGAGCGAUUGCCACAUGUGAUGAGCGAGAAAGGGACCAAGUAUGGCGUGUUGGACAGCAUGGACAACGUGCGUGUGCUGCUACAACAACGCCACUUUGAAUCCUUAGAGAAGACGAGCACCUACAUCGCCCAAGUCAUCCAAGGCUUCUUCGACCGUGUGGAGAACAUGCAGCGAGCCAUGAGCACGUGCGCGGAUGUAUUGGAUCAAUUGCCAGUGGUGGACCAGCACUUGUUUGUGGUGGAACUCAUGGAGUGGAUGGAGAAUGUGCUGACGAUGUACGAGCGAGAAUAUCCUUUUGACGAGAGGCUUUUGCUGCUGCUUGUCAGUUCUAUAUAUAUAUACCUACCGACUACUGGAUCUUGGUUGCUUAACCUGCAGUGCACAGCGGGUCGAAAAAAGGGAUUGGGCCAACACCUCGAAUACUGGAAUGUCUCGGACCUGCAAGCCAGGCAGGCGCGAUGGCUGUCGAGUUCCGUCCACGGCCACAUCAAGGCGGACUACGGUACACUCACUCGCACUUUGGCCAUGGUAGUGGACGCAGUUACCGCGGCGUCGUCAACCUAAACGCGAGCUCAUAUUAUGCUGCUUUUCACUCAAAUUUGGACUUUUGGUUCUUCAAUUUCGCCAAAUCGAUUUUGCAUCCGUUUGGUCCAAUUAGUAGGAUUGGCAGAUAUUCGACUAUUAAUAGUAGUG